AAACGCUUCCUUGUUGUUCCUAAGGGUGCCUUCGAUGGACAGAUUAGUAAUGCCUUUUGCUUCAUUUCCCGCGAAACCGACGCACAUUCUCGUUGCGGUGCACAAACACUUGGCGGACACCGAUUAGCUUUCCAUUUGACCACAAUGGGAAUUCACGGACUCGCCAAGCUGAUUGCAGAUCAGGCUCCUGGUGCCAUAAAAGAACAAGAUAUCAAGAACUAUUUUGGCAGGAAAAUUGCUAUAGAUGCCUCUAUGUGCAUCUACCAGUUCCUGAUUGCUGUGCGACAGGAUGGAAACGUACUGCAGAACGAGGAUGGUGAGACAACGAGCCACCUCAUGGGAAUGUUCUAUCGGACGAUCCGCAUGCUGGAACACGGCAUUAAGCCUGUUUAUGUGUUUGAUGGCAAACCCCCACAGCUGAAGUCAGGAGAGCUGGAGAAGAGAGGGGAGAGAAGAGCAGAAGCUGAGAAGAUGCUCGCACAAGCUCAGGAAAUGGGGGAACAGGAGAACAUUGACAAACUCACAAAGCGUCUGGUCAAAGUCACCAGGCAGCAUAAUGACGAGUGCAAGAAGCUGCUGGCCCUGAUGGGAGUGCCGUACAUUGAGGCGCCGUGCGAGGCUGAGGCCAGCUGUGCCGCUCUGGUGAAAGCGGGGAAGGUCUUUGCCACGGCGACAGAGGACAUGGACGGGCUGACUUUCGGAACAAACGUCCUGCUGAGACACCUCACUGCCAGCGAAGCAAAGAAGCUUCCAGUCCAAGAGUUCCACUUUACACGCAUCCUGCAGGACAUCAACCUGACCAAUGAGCAGUUCAUAGACCUGUGCAUUCUUCUGGGCUGUGAUUACUGCGGCACCAUCAAGGGGAUCGGCCCCAAGCGAGCCAUCGACUUGAUCAAGCAACACGGCAGCAUCGAGGAGAUCCUGGAAAACAUCGACCCCAAUAAGCACCCGGCUCCGGAGGACUGGCUGUACAAGGAGGCCAGGGAGCUGUUUUUGAAGCCACAAGUGGUGGAUUGCUCCGCAGUGGAGCUGAAGUGGAGCGAGCCGGACGAGGACGGGCUGGUGCGGUUCAUGUGUGAUGAGAAACAGUUCAGCGAGGAGAGGAUCCGCAACGGGUGUAAGAAGAUCGUGAAGAGUCGCCAGGGGAGCACACAGGGACGACUGGACUCGUUCUUCUCCGUCACUGGGUCUCUGUCGUCCAAACGGAAGGAGCCUGAAGUGAAAGGAUCGGCUAAAAAGAAGCUGAAGACUGGAGGAACACCAGGCAGAUUUAAGAAAGGCAAAUGAAUAAAAAAAGUUGCGGUUAAUAGUGUCACACACAAGUCUUGGUGUUUUUCCUUU